AUGGCGGCGGGGGCGGCGGCGCUGGGCCGGGAGGGCGGGGAGGACGCUUUCCGUCGGCUCUUUCGCUUCUACCGGCAGCGCGAUGCGGCGGACCUGCGGGGGGUGGUGGAUUUCUCCGCGCCGGGGGGGCAGGUGUUCAGAUCACAGCUCAGUGUUUCUUCAGUCAGUGACCAAGAUGCCUGCAGGGCAGGACUGCAACCAGUUAGCAGGUGGAAAGCCUACGGCCUCAAUGGGUACCCAGGGUUUAUUUUCAUACAAAACCCUUUCCUUCCGGGCUGCCAGCGUCACUGGGUGAAACAGUGUCUCAAGUUAUACACCCAGAAACCCAAUGUCUGCAACCUGGACCUGCAUAUGGCUCCUGAGAAGACCGCUGAUCUGUGGGGGCAAAGCAAGGAAAAGCUGAGAAGGAAAGGUUCCAGUAAAUGUGAGCCCAGAAGCUUACUGGAGAAGUUGCGCUGGGUGACCCUUGGUUACCAUUACAAUUGGGAUACCAAGAAGUACUCAGCAAAUCAUCACACUCCUUUCCCCUCAGACCUUGCAUUCUUGUCAGAACAAGUGGCUGCAGCCUGUGGAUUCCGGGGUUUCCAAGCCCAAGCAGGGAUCUUGAACUAUUAUCACUUUGAUUCUUCCCUGGGAAUUCAUGUAGAUGAGUCUGAACUAGACCAUUCUCGUCCCCUUUUAUCAUUCAGUUUUGGACAAUCUUCCAUAUUUUUACUUGGGGGCCUGAAGCGGGAAGAGGCCCCAACAGCAAUGUUCAUGCACAGUGGAGAUAUCAUGGUGAUGUCUGGCUUCAGCCGUUUGCUGUACCAUGCUGUCCCCCGUGUCCUUCCCAACCCUGAAGGGACAGCUUUGCCUUCGUGCCUCGACCAGGCACUUUCUACAGACCUUCCUGUUGGCUCAGUCAUUGAGCACAGCUCUGAGGAGGAUUGGCAAAUCUGUGCCAAGUACUUGCAGUCUUCCCGUAUCAACAUGACUAUUCGACAGGUGUUGGCUGAGGGUCAGAAAUUUCCAGAGGAGUCUGCGACAAACACAGAGAGUCGGGUACCCUCGGAAGACAGUCACCAUCAGGAGAACAGCAGAGCCAAGAGACAUAAACCAAAUAUGGACAGCUGAGACCCAAAGAUUGUGCUAACGUGGACCGAAUGGACAACUUCAGUUGUACCAGAAGUCUUUGUCUAUACAGGCAUUCAGAAACAGCUGUAGAAUAAAGCAGUCCUUGCUGCUGUAAGGAAGAGGUUGGGGUCUGGAAUGAAGAAAUAAAACAAGAAAGAAGGAUAAAUUUAGGACUAGGACUCAGAAGAUGAACUUUGCUGUGGGCAUUUAUUGUACUUGGUUCCCUUUAUGAUGUAUUCUCUGCAGCUUUCUGAUCUGUAUGCCAGAACUGUAAGCUUGGUUCAGUUAUGUUUGUAAAAUAUUUUGAAAUAAUUGGGCAGAAAGUGCUAGCAAAUGAUACCAUUGCUAUUUAUUAAAGAAGCCAAUCAGGCUAGUAAAGCUCAGCUGGAGUGCGUUAACAAAUGUGAGGGAGAGGAGGUUGCUGUGAAACCUACCUGCAGCAUUUCCAAGUGAAUUACUUCUGCUGCAAAAACUGGUUCAGUGAUCAGAAACUAGCAGCUCCCUUGAGCAACACAUGGUAAGCUUGUUCUAGCCUUGUGCUCUCCUUCUGCCUGCUUGCAGCCCCCCCCAGCUGCAGCAGAAAAUGAUUUUGAGUGGAUCUGGACUUCUUGCAUACCUCAGCUUUUAAAGGGAAAUGACAUGGGGCAGCAUUAGAAUACCAGUUGAGUAUGUCCUAUACCCCCAUUCUUUCACAUCUGCCUCCUCUAAGUGCCUGCAGAUUAGGGUCCUGCAGCCUCAAGCUAGUAUCUGUAAGUUACAGAAUGUCCUCCAAGUAAAAGCAAUGAAGUUGUAGACUGAGUACAUAAAAAAGAAAAUCAUCAGUAUCUCUGCACAAAGAUAUACUGAAACAAAGAAAAGUACUGGCUUUUGUUCUCUUUACGACUCAGACCUUCCUAUCGAUUUUUUAAUGCAAUUUUAAUUGUUGGAGUGGAAUGCUCUAUCCCUAGGGUAUUUUGUUGCACUUUCCAAUGAAUAAACUUACUCCGUUUUUAAAUUAAA